AUGUUGCUUUGUUGCUAUUCUCGAUGCCUUCCCGUGACUCCCGGUCAUUUGUUGUUGCUGUCCAAGGCUGACGGCAUUGCAACAACUGUCAUGGAUACGACGCCGGGUGUGGCAGCGAGUGUGUUCAAGGAGCCCCCACGUCUUGCCAAGGCCGUGCAGGAAGCCACGGUCUGUGACGGAGUAAACUUUGUACAAAACAAUGGAACCGUCUCAGGCCGGGCAGUGUUCCACGCUCACAUUCACAUCAUUCCACGCUACGAUAAUGACGGGCUCAUUAAGCUGCCUGUGGGUCAAACGAUGAUCGCUAUCGAGGAUGGCGUCGCCAUGCAGAGCAAGAUCCAGGACAAGCUGUAG